GGUGCAUUGGACACAGCCAAACCAACAAGCUCUCCUUCUCGAAGCCUUUGCAUUUCACCUUUCCCCAAAAAGACGAAGCAGCAAGCGUCUGUUCUCGACUAUCCCACCGUAGGCCUACCUCGACACACCCCACGGAAGCUUCUCGAACCGUGCACAGCUAGACGCGGAGUCGCAGCCAGGCUCAGAACACAGACACGCUCCCUGCCACAUCUAUUCACCCUUCGCCUCGCAUAUCGAAGACCCGAGUGAGACGUUAUCCGCCAUGGCAAACGCCGCAGUGCUCAACGACGAGGACGUCAUGGAGCCCACGCUCCAGUCCAUCAUCGACCAGAAAACGCUGCGCUGGAUAUUCGUCGGCGGAAAAGGUGGCGUGGGCAAGACGACCACGUCGUGCUCGCUCGCCAUCCAGCUCGCCAAGCACCGCAAGAACGUCCUCCUGAUUUCGACCGACCCCGCACACAACUUGAGCGAUGCCUUCAACCAGAAGUUCGGCAAGGAUGCGCGCAAGGUCGACGGCUUCGACAACCUGAGCGCCAUGGAGAUUGACCCGAACGGCAGCAUCCAGGACUUGUUGGCGCAGGGCGGCGAGAGCGCCGAGGAGUCUAUGGCCGCGCUGGGAGGUAUGGGCAACAUGAUGCAGGAUUUGGCCUUCUCGAUACCCGGUGUCGACGAAGCCAUGUCUUUCGCCGAAGUUCUCAAGCAGGUCAAGUCGCUCUCCUACGAAGUCAUCAUCUUUGACACCGCGCCGACCGGCCACACUCUCCGCUUCCUGCAAUUCCCCACCGUCAUGGAGAAAGCCCUCUCCAAGAUCUCCCAGCUAUCCCGCCAGUUCGGCCCCAUGCUCAAUGGAUUCCUCGGCGCUAGCGGUCGCCUCCCCAACGGCCAGAAUAUGGACGAGCUCAUUGAGAAGAUGGAGACCCUUCGCUCCACCAUCAGCGAGGUGAACGAGCAGUUCAAGAACCCCGACAUGACCACCUUUGUGUGUGUCUGCAUAAGCGAAUUCCUCAGCUUGUACGAGACGGAGCGCAUGAUCCAGGAGUUGAACAGCUACGAGAUCGACACUCAUGCUAUCGUCGUGAACCAGCUGCUGUUUCCCAAACAGGACAACCCGUGCGAACAAUGCAACUCGAGACGGAAGAUGCAGAAGAAAUACUUGGAUCAGAUCGGGGAGCUGUACGAGGACUUCAAUGUCGUGAAAAUGCCAUUGCUUACCGAGGAGGUGCGCGGCAGUGAGAAACUGGAGAAAUUCAGUGAGAUGCUAGUUAAGCCAUAUCAGCCGCCCGUGUAAACUACUAUUAGAACGAAGGAUAUUCGGGUGCGAUUUCAGGGCUUGAGUAAUUUCGAAUAGCUGCUGGACGAGCCUAGAAAGGACGAGCGCUUCCUGCACAUUAUGUUAGGCGCAGCGAUCAAGAUAUGGGCCUGUGGAGAGCGAAAUAUACCCGGGAAUACUGUUGAUUUCCAUUGGAUUUUUCAGUCACGUUGCUUCAAGUACCUGAGAUGCGGCUGUGCAAACAAUUGCGGCAAACACGUACCUCGCUCACGCAAUAACACGAUGAUGAAAUUUCUGCAUUACAUUCGACCUAUACAACUCUAAAUACCAGACACUCGUCGCCCUUCUC